GCUCCUGCCGGCCCCGUAGACGGUGUGGUGACGGCGAUGCUCGGGAGACGGACAGCGACGACGGACGGCAUGUCGGUAAAGAAGGACACCCGCUCGGAGCUGCUGCUUCACCGGGCCGCCAUCACCGGGGACGUCACGCGGUGUCAGACCGUGCUGGACGCCGGCCUCGUCCACGUCGAUUGCGCCGACAUGGAUGGCACCACGCCUCUUCUGCUGGCGGCCGCUAACGGACACCUGGCCUGCGUCAAGGAGCUGCUGCGACGGGGCGCCGACCCCGACAGACGACGACAGACGGGGGCGACGCCGGUGUUUUUCGCGGCGCAGGCCGGUCACGUGGAGGUGCUGAGGGCUCUGCUGCGACAAGGUGGAAGGCCCGACACGCCCACAACGGACGGCGCCACGGCCCUGCUGGUGGCCAGUCAGGGCGGCCACACGGUCUGUGUUCGCGAGCUGCUGCAGGCGGGAGCUGCCGUCAGCGCCCGGAUGAAGGACCGGUCGACAGCUCUCUUCCUGGCAGCUCAGAACGGUCACCACGAGGUGGCAGCACUGCUGACCGACGCCGGAGCCGACCCCGACCAGGCCAGGGUGGACGGGGCCACUCCGGUGUGGAUCGCCGCCCAGCUGGGACACAGCCGGGUGGUGGAACACCUGCUGAGAGCAGGGGCAGCCGUCGACAGUCCCAGACACGACGGGGCCACAGCGCUGUUCAAGGCGGCCCACAAAGGUCACGAGGAGGUGGUGCGCGCGCUGCUGCCCCACUCGCCGUGCCUGUCAGUUCUACCGAACGGCGAGUCGGCGCUACACGCGGCGGCUAUGUUUGGCCACACGACCUGCGCCGAGCUUCUGGUCUCAGCUGGGAGCAGAAUCGAACUGCGGAACGCCGAAGGCCUGACGCCCGCCGAACUGGCGCUCCAAGCCGGCUACGAGCGGCUGGCCACGGCGCUCGAGCGGCGACGGUGAGCGGCUUUCAGUGACAGAACGCGCUUAAACCUACAACACUGCACUAUGUCGCGCUCAUAAAGAGCCGUCAUAUUGUGCCGCCUUUAGUACGACAGUGCUGCUUUAGGGUACACUGAGCAGGGCAUGUCCGCCGACGCCUUGGACGACUUGUCGGUGCGCACUUGUGAGUGUGACCCGUGCUUCCAUUCGAGCAUUCAGCCGGCGGCUGACUGGUCGGGUGUCGAUGUGUUGGUUCGCGAUCGUUCGUGCUAAAUCGACCGUAGCGCCGCCUACUGGCUCGCAAAGGUCGGAUGUGCGUGGCCGCGAUACCAGCGGAAUGAGCAGUUUUGGCCGCCGUGACGCGGGUUUUGGGUUCAGUCAGUCCUCAGACCUGCCCGACCUGCCCGACCUGGGGCAGUACCGGAGCGGCGGAUAGCGCAUCAGUUUGCAAUAGACUAGCAGUGUUUUGGUCAGAUAACCGCUAAGAAUCCCAUGGUGUGCGGGCGGAGUGUAUGUGUGAAACUGUGACCACUUCUGCUGUUUGUUACUUGUUCAGCGGUCUAUUCCCCUGUUCGAGCAAUACAAGUGAUGACGUUCA